AAACGGGAGCCACCGUUUAAAUUUGGAGCCAUCGUUUACGGAAAAAAAAGAUCGCCGCAGCGUCGUAAAGUAACCAUGGAAUCGUGUUAUUAUUUACCAUACCUAGUGUGCCAAUAAUGCAAUAAAAUAGUUUUUAAAUUUAUUGCUUUACUUUAAAAAAAUGGAAAAUGUUUUAAAAGAUGCAGAUUUUGAAAAUCAGUUUAAAACUGCUAAGUCCUAUCUUUUAAAGUUAGGUCAAAAUUCACAAGUUACGUUGUAUGAUCAUUUAGUUGAUCUGAUUGCAGAUAUUCUUGAACGAAAGCCAGAUGUUGUUUCAAAUCUAUUAGAAGAAUGCAGCUGGAAUUUAAAAAGGAAAAGAUUUCAAAUGGAACGAGAUUGUCUACAGGAUAAACAGAAAGUUACAUCAAAAGUGGCUUAUGCUAAUUUGCAAAAAGGUCUAUUAAAUUUUCAAGAAAAAAUUGUCAAACAAAAUAAUCAAGACCACUGUGUUCUAGCUGAUAUCAUGGAGAAUGCAUAUUAUUUUGAGCAAGCUGGUGUUGGUUUAGGAAAAGAAGAAACUUUUCUUAUUUUUUUAGCACUUAGACAACUGAUUAAUACAUACAAGCUAAAAUCAUGCAGAUUUUGGGGUAAAAUUUUUGGCAUUCAUAAAAACUAUAUUGUUGCUGAAGUUGAACUUUAUGAAAAAGAAAAAACCAAUGAAGAUCAAAGUAAAGAGCGUCCAAGUUUACAUGAAUCAAAUGACAAUAAUUUUACAAAUCAACCAUCAUUAUCAAAAAAAAUAAUUGAAAUUCCUGAAGAAAAUGACGGUCAGGGUUGCAAUUCAAAAGUUUACUUUGUAUGUAAUGAUGCUGGUUCGUUAUGGCAACGUCUUCCUCCAGUUACACCUAAACAAAUUACAGUAGCUAGACAAGUUCGAAAACUAUUAACAGGAUAUUUAGAUGCUGAGGUUAUUUGUUAUCCGCCUUUUCCUGGAAAUGAAGCAAAUUUUCUACGUGCAACAAUAGCACGAAUUUCAGCAAGUACUCAUAUAAGUCCUCAAGGAUAUUAUAUGUUUGAAGAAAAUGAGGGUAAUGAUGAUGAAGAUGAUGGAAAAAGCGAUGCUGAAAAAGCAUUUGUUCAGAAUAUGGAGUUUGAAGGAAUUCCAAUCAGCGAUUUAUCAGAUCCUUCAAAUACAUUCUGGGUACAUCAUUGUCCUUACAUCUUACCACAGGGCCGAACUGUUUAUUUCAAUCCUAAUGCAAAUGUUUCCUUAAAUGCAUCAAAAGGUGAAGGUGGUGAAGAAGAAGGGGAAGAAGAAAUUUCAGAUGAUGAUGAAAUUCCAAUUGAAAUUGGGCCAAGUCUUUUAACAUCUGUUUCUGAAGAUAAAGGAAUUAAUUUGAUCCCUCCUUGGAGUGCAUCAAAAUCAGGUACUUUAUUCCAACAAUAUGCAAUUGCUGUUAUGCGCUCAAAUAUUUGGCCUGGUGCUUAUUCCUUUGCUGUUGAUAAAAUUUACUGCAAUAUUUACAUCGGUUAUGGGCUGAAGUAUUGUGAAGGUAAUUUCAACCCUGCUAUACCUCCGUCAGUACAAAACGAGUAUUCUGAUAUUCCUAAGGUAACAGAAUGUGACGAUCCAACUGUUGAACAAGAAAGAUCAGUUAAAGUUUUGGAAGAAGAAGUUGAAUCCAUGGAUGAAGAAGAAUCUGAUGACUCAGAAGAUGAUUACUGAAAUAAAGUUACUAACUUACAAAUGAAAAUUUUUUUGAA